AUGUCUACCUUUGGCUACAGGAGAGGACUUAGCAAAUAUGAAUCCAUCGAUGAGGAUGAACUUCUCGCUUCCCUGUCAGCUGAGGAGCUGAAGGAGCUAGAGAGGGAGUUGGAAGACAUUGAACCUGAUCACAGACUUCCCGUGGGGCUCAGGCAAAAGAGUCUGACCGAGAAAACCCCCACGGGGACAUUCAGCAGAGAGGCACUGAUGGCCUAUUGGGAAAAGGAGUCCCAAAAACUCUUGGAGAAGGAGAGGCUGGGGGAGUGUGGAAAGGUCGCUGAAGAAGACAAAGAAGAGAGUGAGGAAGAGCUUAUCUUCACCGAAACUAACAGUGAGGUUUCUGAGGAGGUGUAUACAGAAGAGGAGGAGGACGACGACGAAGAGGAGGAGGAGGAAGAGGAGGAAGAGGAAGGAACAACUGAAAAGGAGAAAGGUAUUAAUGGAACUGUAAAUUAUGAUAGCAUCGAUUCUGAUAACUCAAAGCCAAAGACAUUUAAAAGUCAAAUAGAAAACAUAAAUUUGACCAAUGGCCACAGUGGAAGGAACACGGAGUCACCGGCUGCCAUUCACCCUUGCGGAAACCCUACGGUGAUCGAGGAUGCCUUGGAAAAGAUUAGGAACAACGACCCCGACACCACAGAGGUCAACUUGAACAACAUUGAGAACAUCACGUCGCAGACCCUUGCCCGCUUCGCUGAGGCCCUCAAGGGCAACACGGUGGUGAAGACCUUCAGUCUGGCCAACACGCGCGCAGACGACAGUGCGGCCAUGGCCAUUGCGGAAAUGCUCAAAGUCAACGAGCACAUCACCAACAUCAACGUGGAGUCCAACUUUAUCACGGGCAAGGGUAUCCUGGCCAUCAUGAGAGCUCUGCAGCACAACACGGUGCUCACCGAGCUGCGCUUCCACAACCAGAGGCACAUCAUGGGCAGCCAGGUGGAGAUGGAGAUCGUUAAGCUGCUCCGGGAGAACACCACGCUGCUGAGGUUGGGCUACCAUUUUGAGCUCCCAGGACCAAGAAUGAGCAUGACGAGCCUCUUGACAAGAAAUAUGGAUAAACAGAGGCAGAAGCGGAUGCAGGAGCAAAAACAAGAGGGCUAUGACGGAGGAGCCAAUCUUAGGACCAAAGUCUGGCAAAGAGGAACACCUGGCUCCUCACCUUACGCAUCUCCCAGGCACUCUCCCUGGUCAUCCCCCAAACUCCCCAAGAAAGUCCAAACUGUGAGGAGCCGCCCUCCAUCUCCUGUGGCUCCACCCCCUCCUCCGCCGCCACCACCCCCGCCGAUUCCCCCGCAAAGGCUGCCACCUCCUCCUCCGCCACCGCCUCCUCCCCUCCCAGAGAAAAAACUAAUCACCCGAAACAUCGCAGAAGUCAUCAAACAACAGGAGAGUGCCCAGCGGGCAUUACAAAAUGGACAGAAAAAGAAAAAAGGGAAAAAGGUUAAGAAACAACCAAACAAUAUUCUAAAGGAAAUUAAAAAUUCCCUGAGGUCAGUGCAAGAAAAGAAAAUGGAAGACAGUUCCCGGCCUUCUACCCCACUGAGAUCAGCUCAUGAGAAUCUCAUGGAAGCUAUUCGGGGAAGCAGCAUAAAACAGCUAAAGCGGGUGGAAGUUCCAGAAGCCCUUCGAUAGAAACAUGAUCUUUAGAAGAGGAUGGAGAACCACUCAGUGGUAUUAAAUAAGGCGCCUUGUGAGAUGUUUCUACAGUAACUUCUUCAAUUCGAAAUGUUUCCUGACUUUAAAAAUAGCCUCACCCAUUAAUUCCAAAAAAAAUUUUUAAGAAACAAUCGGCAUGUUUCUUCUGUAAAUAUGAAAAUAAACUACUUUUUUUUUUUAUGUUAUGAGCUUUGUAUGGGCAAGAAGCAGGUUAUUUGAAGAUGCUCUUACAUGAAUGUGUUGAUAACUCUGAGCUGUAAUGAGUUAAUGAAAUGUGCUGUUAUUUUUGUAAUCCCAAUAAAUUUGGAUUGAAGUUUU